AUGUCUUCUGACCUAGUAUUAUAUAGGACCGAUGUGACUCAGCUAGAUCAGCUGACCAAUGUUUUUGGUGACAUUUUAGCCGACUUUGGACAGAUUGACAACUGUAUCACUGCAGCUGGGGUGGUUCUGGACAAGCCAUUCCACGACCACGAAUGGAAUGAGAGCUCGAAAGUCUUGAAUGUCAAUGUCAUGGGAACCUUUUUCUGCGCCCAGCUCGCCUCUAAGGCCAUGAAAGAGCGGAAUGUCGGAGGCAGUAUUGUGAUGAUUGCCUCAAACGCGGCAAAUGUCGCCAUUCCAUCUCGAAACAUGUCAAUCUACACAGCCUCAAAAGGUGCAAUUCAAUCUUUAACUCGCGCCUUGGCUGUCGAGCUGGCAGAAUAUGGAAUAAGAGUCAACUCCGUUUCGCCCGGUUUCAUUGCAACGGAGAUGAUCAUGGAGGCAUGUCGGAAAGACUCAGACCUUUGGAAUGUUUUCAAUUCUAAACCGCCACUUGGACGAGUGGGUACGCGCGGCGACUUGAAAGGAAUCGUGGGUUAUUUACUGAGCGAUGCGGCCGCUUAUACUACGGGAACGGAUGUUGUGGUGGAUGGUGGACUGGCUUGUGGCCACAAUUAA